AUGAGUAGAAUUUAUGAAAUAACUGCUUCAGAAAAAAAUGAAUUGAGAUUGUAUUUGGAAAUCGCACACAAGCCAAUUAAUGACGAGGUUGCUAGCCACGUUGCUACAUAUUUAAAUACAGAUCCUUUGAAAUUACGGUUUACAUCAUCGCAUAUAACAUUCGGUACACCUAGUUCCGUGAUCAAAAAAGGAGUUAAUACAAUUUUAAAAAAAAUGCUUCCAAUAAGAUAUCAAUCUUUACCUGCCUCGGCAAAUCUUUUGUAUUAUGAGAUCUUAGAUUUUAACAUUGUAGAAUUAGAGACAAAAAAAUUCUUUGUAGUGUUAUGGCUUGGAGCAACUUUAAAGGAAAUGGAUGUUAUCAAGAUUCUUCUUCCAAAAAAUGCCAUAAUUGAUGAUCUUAUAAAAGAGAUUUUACAAAAACUGUCAUUACCAGGACCUACCAAUAGAGUCAGACUGUUUGAAGUUUCAAACUUCAAGAUUUUAAAAGAAUAUAAAAGCAAUAAUUUAAUAUGUAAAAUACAGGAAAACGCAACAUUAUAUGCAGAGGAAAUUACUCAAGAUGAAAUUGAACGGGGUAUUGAUGACAAAGUUAUUCAAGUAUAUCAUUUUACUACAAGGCCUUCAUGUGCACAUGGAAUUCCAUUUAAAUUUAUUGUUAAAGCUGGUGAGCUUUUUUCAGCAACUAAGUUACGCCUUCAGGCACGUUUAGGAAUGAACGAAGCAGAUUUUGCGGAAGUAAAAAUUGCGAUUGUACAAGAGAUGCCAAACGUCAAAUUUGAAUACAUAAUUAGUGAUAAUGUAGUUCUAUCGCACGAUAAUUGGACAUCUGGUAAAUAUCUAGGUCUUGACUAUGUGUGCAAAACAGAGCGCAUAGGAAUAGUGGGUGAUGAUAGGAAAGCGAUAUAUAUAAAAGAAUAG